GUGCGGUCGCACGAGAAGUAGCUUUAGUUAGGUUAUACCUUCCGAUAAAAUGACAGUAGUUUGUAAUCAAGUAAUUAAACUUAGUUGUAAUUAUUUGUUGUGCUCCUCCUAGCGCACGUUAAAGAAUAAUAACGCGAAUAGAAAUUUGAUUUGUUGUUAGUCAUAUCGGUGUUCCAGAAACACUUUGCGGCGAUUGUCACUUUUUUUAUUCGAAACAUUCGCAAGUAUAUCUACUUGCGCGCGUCGUGUUAUUAUUGUUAUUUAUAUUGUUAUUUAUAUUUACGGAAAAUUAAGACAAUCACGUUUUCGUUGAAAUGUUAUUCGUCCAACGGAAUUGUUAUCGUCUGUCGACAGUGAAUCGAAUUUUGGAACGGUCAAAUAGAUUGUGGCCUAACCUCCUCUCGUUAUCUCUGCGAUGUAAAUCAGACAAUGUGGUUGUCACUAUCGCCGAUGUGUCGAAGGAGGUGAAACCAGCAAAACGUCCGGAAUACGUUCCAAGAAAAUAUUUGUUAAACGCUCGCUCUCAAGAAACGCUGAGGCAUUUAAAAUGGAUGCUCCAGAAGGACGUUUUGCAUCAGGAUAUGUUUCUGAUGGGUGGUCCGGGUAUUCGGAGACGGGAACUCGCGCUCGCAUUUCUUGAGCUGACGGGACGAGAAUUGGAGUUCAUCGCGCUCAGCCGCGAUACCACGGAAGCGGAUUUGAAGCAGAGGAGAGAAAUCAAAAGCGGCACCGCGCACUAUCACGAUCAGAGCGCGGUAAGAGCCGCGAUCGAUGGCCGGGUUCUUGUGAUCGAGGGUGUAGAGAAGGCUGAGCGAAACGUGCUGCCGGUGUUGAACAAUUUGCUGGAAAAUCGCGAGAUGCAUCUAGAAGACGGCAGAUUUCUCAUCCCAGCGUCCCGCUACGACAAAUUGCUGAAGAUGCACACGCAGGCGGAGUUGGACGCGUGGCGUCUGGUGCGAGUUAGCGAGGACUUUCUUGUGAUAGCACUUGGUCUGCCUUCACCGCGAUAUCCUGGUCAUCCAUUAGAUCCCCCGCUCAGAUCUAGGUUUCAAGCUCGACACAUUCCGCCACCGACUUUUGAGGAACAGUUCGAAAUUUUGAGAAGUUUAGCGCCGAACGUCGACACCGGGAAAUUGUCGCAACUGUUGUCGUGCGCUCACGCAUUAGUCACACAGGAAGCUGUCACCGUAGGCUUGCCGGAUUUUCCUCUAGACAGUUUGUCGGCGGCGGCUUUAAUUCUGGACAAAAGCCCGGACUUGUCGGUGCUAGACGUCUUCUAUAGAUUUUAUCCGUACAAACUGUUCUUGAGCAAAGAGGGCCAGAGUGCAGUCGAGGAUAUUCUCGGAACGUUCGACGUUCUGAACAAAUCCAAAAAGAAGCGUACUGUCAACAGUAAAAUUAACACCACCGAGAAAGCCGGUGAUCUUUUAGAAGUCAGCAUAGAGCGCGAUAACGCGACGACAAAUUUUCACGUUUCUCACGGCGCAAACCAAUUGUCGAGCGCGAAUAACGAUGAUUACAUAGAGACGAAUUAUCAGAAUAAUUUGUUAGCGAGCAUGCUGGAGUCACACUUGGCGUCCGAUUUCUGUCUGAUCGGACCGAAGGGUUGCGGCAAGUCCACCACCGUUCGACGACUCGCCGAUUUAUUAGGAUACGAAGUGGAGCCGAUAGUGCUUUAUCAGGAUAUGACUUCCAGGGACCUGAUUCAACAACGGACCACGUCGCUCAACGGCGACACGGUCUGGAGAAAUUCACCGCUGGUCGAUGCGGCUCUUCACGGCAAGUUAGCCGUGCUAGACGGUAUUAAUAGGAUCCAUUCCAGUACCUUGGCUAUAUUGCACAGAUUAGUUCACGAUAGAGAAUUGCAGUUGCACGACGGUAAGCGACUCAUACGAGCCGAUCGUUAUGACGAGAUAAAGACAGAGUUCAACAGAUCCGACGAGGAGAUGCUUAAUCACGGUGUUCUGCGAAUCGACCCGGCUUUCAGAUUAAUAGCUUUGGCCGAGCCGCCGAUUGUCAACAGCUCGUCCGGCCAGUGGCUAAGCUCCGAGUUGCUCAGUUUGUUUCUGUUCCACGAGAUGAGGCCGCUCGAUAAGCACGAAGAGAUCCAUAUUGUUCGGUCAAAGUUCGGAAAACCUAGUCAGGCCUUGUUGAGUAUCGUAGAAUUGGCUCAUAUACUGCGCUCGUCCGGCGAUCCGACCUUGCAGUCUCUUGCCGGCUCGCUUAGCACCCGGCAACUUUUACGAAUAGCCGAACGAAUGCAGAGAUUUCGAUGCGACGACGCUCACGACGCGGUGCAACGCGCGUGUCUGGCGCGUUUCUUGCCGGCGAUCGCGAAACAAGCGCUCGAGGAUUGUUGUCGUCGUUUGAACAUCGUUCCCGCAAAUCCCGCGACGACGGACACGGAGAUCGAGUGCGUGAUUACGGAAGACACCGUGAAGAUCGGCAACACCGUGAUGGAUCGUUAUCGCACCGCGGCUCUCAGCAAAGUACCCGAUAUUUUGUUUUACGACGUGCCGGAGCACGUGACUCUUCUGGAACGAUUGCUGCAGGACUUCAGUCUGGGUCAGAAUCUACUGUUAAUCGGCAAUCAAGGCGUGGGCAAGAACAAGAUUGUAGACCGGUUGUUGCAGUUGCUGAACCGGCCGCGCGAAUACAUCCAGCUGCAUCGCGACACAACAGUGCAGACACUGACCCUACAGCCGAUGGUCAGGGACGGCAGGGUUGUUUACGAGGACUCGCCGCUCGUGCAGGCGGUCAAACUGGGACACGUCCUCGUGGUCGACGAGGCGGACAAAGCGCCCACGCAUGUGACGUGCAUACUGAAAACUCUGGUGGAGUCGGGCGAGAUGAUUCUGUCGGACGGCAGACGAAUCGUUCACCCUCGUACCGGCAACAACGCGCGCAAUGCGGCGAACAGCAUUCCCAUGCAUCCGGACUUCAGGAUGAUAGUGUUGGCGAACAGACCGGGUUUCCCGUUUCUGGGCAACGAUUUUUUCGGCGCACUCGGUGAUCUGUUCAGCACGCAUUCCGUCGACAAUCCGAGCACGCAAAGCGAGAUUCAGCUGCUGAAACGGUACGGUCCGCGCAUAGACGAGCAGACGAUACGGAAGCUGGUGAGAGCUUUCGGCGAGCUGAGAAGCAUGGCCGAUCAAGGUCUAGUUUCUUAUCCUUACUCGACUCGCGAAGUGGUUAACAUAGUUAAACACUUGGAGAAGUUCCCAAACGAACCGCUAAGUACCGUGGUGCGCAACGUCUUCGAUUUCGAUCGAUACAGCCAGGAAACGUUCGAUACGCUGAUAACUGUACUACACAAGCACGGAAUUCCCGUUGGCGCGAGUUCAACUAAUGUCGCCUUAGCUAAGGAAAUAUCUCUGCCCGCGAUGAAGAUCUGUGGUAGUUGGAACGUGUCGAGCACGUUCCAAAAUAUACCCGUUCAAGAAAGAUACGUUAAGUUAAAAUCGCCGAUAUUUCCGGCGCAAAACGAUCGUACCCUAGAUCGAGUAGAGGCCAGAUCGGCCUGGUUCACGGAACUGCAGAGUUACUGGACAAUACCCAUUAGCGAAAACAGCGCGGUGACCGCUUUAGCGGUUUCGAAUGCAGGAGAUAAGGGAGACGACAGAAUACACGUUCUCACGACGAAUCCUCUGAGCAUAUUCAGCAUGACGCUGGAAUCUGAGCGAGUUCGCGAAACAUCGUUACAAGGUUUAAUAAGUCCCGUUCGAGGCAAUGAACCGUUUUACAACGUCGCAAUUGAUAACUUCGGUAACGUGUUGGUGCACGAGGAAACAAGUAAUUCUAUACUCGUGGUAAACGUAAACGAGGGUUCCGUGCGGGAACUGCAGACGUCAUCCUUUUUGGAUGCCGCAGGCGAUAGAAUAUCGAGCGUUUUCAGAAGCGGCGGUCCACAGUGGAAGAUGAAAACGGAACUGUUGUCGCCGCACAAUCUGAUUGUUUUGUACACGCUACGCGAGAGCAAAGUCGAGAUUAUCGAUUUAAGUAGCAUGAGCGUUUACUCGAUGAACUUGCCGUGCAACAUCGAGUCGCUCUCGCUCGCGUCCGAAAAUAAGUGGCUGAUUCAGGACACGUCGAGGAACAAGCACGUUCUCACGAAGUCUUCGAAUUCGGAUCCGUGUCCCAACGUUCUGCGCGAAUUGGACGAGUCCAAUAGCACCGAUCUGAAGACCGGCAGUGUUUUGAAUUGCGGCACAACCAGUCUGCACAAAGAGGAGCUGAGCGAGGCUCUGCAACAGAAGAUCGACUCGCCGAACAGACUCUUGGUGACCGACAACACAUAUGCCGGUAUCGCGAUCGGUUUUCCCGAUUUGGAUAGCUCGAACGAACUGCACUUCUGGCCGAGGAAAAGAAGAACGCGCAGCUUCAUAACGCCUAUCAUUACGCAAAACGGUCAAAUUAUAAGAACAAUUUCGCCGAAUCAGAUACCGGAUGAGAUUUAUCCGAAGGAUAAAAAGCACAUGGAAAUUUCCGGUUACUUGGAAAUAGUCGACACGGUAAAGCACAAGCUGCGAUACAUUCCUGUUCCGGCACCGGUUAACGUCUCGCCAUUGACACAAUGGCUCUACGCGAAGGACCUUCCGCUUUAUGCAUCACUUACGUCGAACGAAGGUCUCGUCACAAUAGACGCCGGCGGCUGCGUCCGCUUAUGGGAGACGUCACUUACGAGUAUAGAAAAGUCGUUAGGCGCGUGGCGCAAAAUGAUAGACGGCGGCGACGAGAAAUUGCAGAUCACCAAGGAGAGGUAUUCGGGGCAGGAUGUUAGCGGGCCGAAGCACGGCAAGAUUGAUAAAAAUAAUGAACCCCAUGUGGGCGGUAAUACUUGGGCGGGCGGAACUGGAGGUAGAGAUACGGCGGGUUUAGGUGGAAAAGGUGGACCGUAUCGACUUGACGCUGGUCACACGGUGCACCAGCUCAGUGACGAAGAGAAGAAUGCGGUGCCGGAACAUGUAAAAAAAGCCGCCCGUGAAAUGGGCCUUCGCGCGUUCAAGCAGCGGCUCAAGGAUAUACAGAUGAGCGAGUACGAUCACAAUCUGUACAGCCAAUUCAGUGACGCGGUUCGCAAUCAGGUGCAGGCUUUGAGAGUCAUAUUAGGUACACUGCAGACUAAGAGCAACGAGCGACAAUGGUGCCGGCAUCAGACGUCCGGCGAGCUGGACGAUACGAAAUUAAUCGAGGGAUUAACGGGCGAGAAAACGAUUUACCGGCGCAGAGCGGAGAAAGAGCCGGAAAUUGGCGCUCCGCAAUUAAAACCGAAGCGAUUAAAACUCGUGGCGGACGUGUCCGGCAGCAUGUACAGGUUCAAUGGCUACGACGGCCGUCUAGAUCGCGAGUUGGAGGCGUGCGUUAUGGUAAUGGAGGCUUUCAGCGGCUACGAGGGAAAGUUUCAGUAUGACAUCGUUGGCCAUUCCGGGGACGACUAUCGUAUCGUCUUUGUCGAUCGCACGCAGCCGCCGACGGACAAUAAACGACGGCUGGAAGUAAUUAAGACAAUGCACGCUCAUUCGCAAUUUUGCUUGUCCGGAGAUAAUACGGUGGAAGCGACGCAACACGCAAUUGCGAGUCUCGCGAAAGAAGAUUCUGACGAGUCGAUUGUAGUUGUGCUCUCGGACGCGAAUCUGGAACGUUACGGAAUUCCCCCUGAGCGAUUCGCAAAAGUAUUGAUGUCUAACGCCGACGUGAACUCCUACGCUAUUUUCAUCGGGUCCCUAGGAGACCAAGCAACUAGAUUGAUAAAAAAAAUGCCUUCCGGUCGUGCCUUUGUGUGUAUGGAUCUUAAAAAUAUACCACGAAUUCUUCAACAAAUAUUUGCUGCGUCGGUCUUAAGUACCACGCGAUCAAGUUAACGUGAAUUGUGAUCAAGACAAAUUAAUUUCACGUAUAUAGAAGCAAAAGGCAAAAGUUUUAAGUCAGUGAAAAAACAAAGUAUUAUAUUUUUAAUAUCUUUUUAGAAUAUGUGCUUUUAUUUACACAAUUCAU